CAGAAAUGAAAAGUUUGGUUAUCCUGGUCGCCAUUUUGAGACAUACCCUUUGUGGGUCUUAUUAUGAUGAGGUAACACGACAAUGGGGAGCUUACCUGGCUCAGGAAGAUAAACAAUAUGAUAGUGAGACUGAAGAGAAGUUCCGGAUGAAAGUGUUCAUGGAAAACGCUCAUAAAGUCAUCAAACACAACCAAUUAUACGAUAUAGGCUUGGUGAAUUAUAAAUUAUCCCUCAAUACAUGGUCUGAUAUGCUGCACCAUGAGUUUAUCCACAUUGUAAAUGGUUACAACAGAACUCUGGACCCUUUUGAUGACACAAAAGAAGGUCCUGUUGCUUUUAUCCCUCCUGCACAUGUCUGCAUGCCUAAGGAAGUGGAUUGGCGCACAGAGGGAGCUGUUACACAUGUCAAGGACCAGAAACAAUGUGGGUCCUGUUGGAGUUUCAGUGCUACUGGUGCCCUGGAAGGACAACACUUUCGUAAAACAUCUAAACUUGUCUCCUUGAGUGAACAGAACCUGGUUGAUUGCUCUACCAAGUAUGGUAACCAUGGUUGUAAUGGCGGAAACAUGGAUAAUGCAUUUCGUUAUAUAAAAGACAAUAAAGGUAUUGAUACUGAAGAGGCUUAUCCCUAUGAAGCUAAGGAUCAGAAGUGUGCGUACAAUGCGAAGAAAUCCGGCGCCAUUACCAAUGGUUUUGUUGAUUUACCAAAGGGUAAUGAGGAAGCAUUGAUGCAAGCUGUUGCUACUAUUGGUCCCAUUGCAAUUGCAAUCGAUGCAAGUCAAGAAACAUUCCAACAUUACUCCAAAGGUGUUUAUUAUGAGCCUAAGUGUAAAACAGAAGAUUUGGAUCAUGCUGUUUUAGCAGUUGGGUACGGUACCACUGAAAAUGGUGAAGAUUUUUGGUUGGUGAAAAACUCCUGGGGGACUAGUUGGGGUGAUCAGGGUUAUAUUAAAGUGGCUAGGAAUAGGGGUAAUCAUUGUGGUGUCGCAACAGAAGGCAUUUAUCCAUUAGUUUAG